CAUCAUCGGUUAUGAUGAAUAAAGAAAGCAAUUCAAUAACGGAUAGUUUACAAUUAUUAGCAAAUCUUGAUCCAAGAAUUGUUCAAUUACUUAGUCAAGUAGGUAGUGUUAAUCCAACACAACAGUCACAACAACAAUCGCAAUCAACUUCAUUACCAUCAUCGACAAUCGAUCAAAUGAAUGUUCUGAAUUCAUUGACAACAUUGUUGCGAUCAGCCGCAACAUCACCGACAAUGCAACCAAAUCAUCUAUUGCCAUCGCUAUUACAAAAUUCACCGGAAAACAAUCAAUACAUUCAACAACAACAACAUCAUCAACAACAAUAUACACCAAUUAUAGAUCCAAAUGAUCCAAACAUAAAAUAUUAUGAAGUUUCAUCACAACAUCAACCUGGUAUUGAUGAUCAAAGGCUUCAAUAUGAACAACCAUAUGACAUUCAUUAUGUUAAGGAUGGUGAUGAUAAUAAUUUAAAAGAAACUGUUAAAUAUGAUUAUCUUAAUCCUUUAAAACAAUCAUCCGAACCUUUAAUGGAAGAUGAUGAACCAGAAGAAGAUGAAGAAAUUGAGAAAAAAAGAAAAAAUAGUGAUCUUUAUGAAGAGGUAGAUUAUGAUGAAGAUGAUGAUGAUGAUAGCGUCGAUAAUGGAAAUGAAGCUAAUGAAGAGGAAAAUGAUGAACUAGAAGAAGAUUAUGAUGAUAAUGAUAUUGAUGAUAAUUCAAAAGGAAGUAUACGAAAUCGAAUAUCACCAAAACGAAUGUUUGCAGCAACAAAAAAUAAAAUUCAAAAUCUACGACGAAAAUCAAUUAGUCGUCAUCGAUUAACAAAAAGAAUGAUCAAAUUCGAUUUAACUCCAUUACAAUAUGCACAGAAUAGAUUGAAAGAAAAAUUUAAAAAUUCUUUUCCAUUUUUGCGAAGAAAUUCAGAUACAGUUCGUAAUAGAAAACCUGUGAUUAAAAAUAAAAUAAAAAUCGAACCAAAAAGAAUUCGAGAUGAUCGAAAAAUUUCAACAUCAUCAUCACAGAAUCGUCGACCAUCACCAAAUCAAUCAUGGCGUCGUACUACUGAACGACAAAAAGAUAAUUUCCGAUUUGCAACACCUAAAGUGCCCAUUCUUUCUAAUGAUAAUGAUGCUGAUGAUAAAGAUAAUGAUGACGAUGGCAAUGAUGAAAAAAAGGAUUCCAUCAAGAAUGAAAAACCUAGAAAAAACAAGAAGCGAAUCGAAAAACCGAUAAAGAAACAAAUGAAAACAAAAACCACAAUAGGUUUAUCACCGAAAAAAAUUCAAGUAUCAUCGGAUAUCGAUGAAUUCGAAGCUAAUUUUUGCAAUGUAACAUUGAAUAAAAUUAAAACUAAUAAAAAAUUUGGAGAAAUUUGGUCAAAAAAGAAUGGCUGGAGUAGAUGUCAUCCAAAAUCACCAAAUUUUCGUUUAUCCAAAGGAAUCGUUAUUCCAGCUAUCAAUAUUGAAUCACCGAUUGAUCUAUCAACAACGACUACAUCACCAGAAGGUUUAGAAGAAUCAACUUUACCCGUUACAGAAGAAGAAAGUGAUAAUAAUGAUAAUGAUGAAGAUGAUGUACCCUCGGAUUUGGAAUUAACCACAACAGAAGAAUACGAACAAGAAACAACAUCGAUAUUAACUGAUAUGAAAACUGAAUCAGAUAUCGAUGAUGAUAUGCCGACAACAACUCAACUAACAUUUCCAAUAAAUUCAGAUUUUCUUGCCAAUUUCAAUUCGUUUCUUGCAACACUAGAAUCAAAUACAACUAUUCCGCCGUUAUUUUUAUCAUCAUUAUCACCACCAUCAACAACAACAACGACUACGACAACAAUGUCACCAUGGAACAAAAAUCUUGUCGAUGAGAUUCCUAAAGAAUUUUUCUGGCAUAUCUUAAAAGUGAUUAAUGCUAGCAAAAUUGACAAUUAUCAGGUGAAUCCGAUGGACAAUCUAAAUAAUCAUAAUUUGAAUGCUAUUAAAUCGACAUCGAUUACUGAUGAAUCGUUUGAAACACAUCUAAAUAAAAAUAAUGAAAAUAAUGACGAAGAUGGAGAUGAUGAUAAUGAAAGCGAUGAUAACAAAACUGCUCCUGAAGAAAUCAAUGAAGAAUUGCUUCAUCAAAUUAAAGAUGACAAUCGUAUUGAUGGAAAAAUUCUUGUCGCUCAUCGAUUUAAACGUGUUUGUUAUCUAUUAUUGAAUGUCGGUAAAGAUGGUCAUAUUGAAAUGAAUCAAUUAGAAUUACAUAUUUGUUCACAUUUGAUUGUUGGUUAUGCAAGAAUUUCGACUAAUGGUCUGGUUGUGGCACAAAAACCAUUAGAAGAUACUGAACGUUAUCGACGAGCGACAAUGAUGAAACUUCAAUAUCCAAAACUAAAAGUAAUGCUUUCGAUUGGUGAUCUUGGUGGUGCAAUGUUUUCCAUCGUAACAAGUACGAAUCGUACACGUGAACGUUUUAUUAUUUCCAUAUUGGAUAUUUGUACGGAAUUCAAUUUCGAUGGUAUCGAUAUUGAUUGGGAAUUUCCAGGUUUUCGUACACCAGGUUUAUCAAGUGACAAACAGAAUCUGGUACUUUUUCUAAAAGAUCUUCGAAAGAUGGCUAAACUAGUUUGGCAAAAUGAUAUUAAUCAAGGAUCAUUUAUAGUUUCACUUGCUGUCGGUGCACCAUUAAUGAUUGCUAGCACUUCAUAUAUUAUACCAGAAAUUGGAAAAUUUGUCGAUUUUGUCAAUUUAAUGUCCUAUGAUUUUCAUUAUUAUCGACCAGAUAAACCAUAUACUGGUCAUCAUUCUCCACUAUAUCCUCGAUCGAAUGAUAAUGCAUAUUUUAGUACAUUGAAUGUGGCAUGGACGGCAACAUAUUGGGCAAAUAGUGGAAUGCCAUUACGAAAAAUAAUGAUCGGUGUUCCAACAUAUGCACGAACUUAUAAUCUGGUUGUACCGAUUGGCCAGAAUAUGAUCAAUGUACCGGCUAGUGGACCAGGUAUCGGUAAAGGCAAAAUGAACUAUACACAUGUUUGCGAAUUUUUACGAUUACCCGGAACGAUCAAACAUUUUGAUUUUCAUAGCCAAGUGCCAUAUGCAUACAAUGGUUUUGAUUGGAUAGCUUAUGAAAAUGAAUUAUCUGUUGCAACUAAAGCUCAAUGGGUAGUAAAAACAGGAAUGGGUGGUAUUGUAACAUUUGCAUUGAAUUUUGAUGAUACAAAAGGUAUAUGUAGAGAUGAUGGAAAACGAUUUCCAUUGCAAAAAACAAUAUCGAAUGUGCUUGAAUUAGCACAGGUAAAAUCUUAUAAAAAAUCGUUAUAUGUCAUGAAAAUUCAUUGAAAAAUUAGCUGUUAUUUGUAUAUUGAAUUUGUAAAUAAAUUUUUAGGAAUUUCGCUAUU